GGCCAUUGGCCCUGGCUGCAUCGGCUGAAGUUAGUAGCCAAUCCGCGCAUUAGUCAUGGCCCAAUUUCCCUAUUCAUAAAUAUAUAAAAAAGACAAAAAGGCUGAUGAAGAUGAUGAGAUCAGCAGUCAGAAGGCGCUCCGGGAGACCAACAAACGAUUUUCGUAGAACUAGGGCCUAGAGGCAUUCUUUUUAUAAAUUUAAAUAACAAUGCCUACUUUAAAGUUUAAAAUUAAAAAAUAACAUGUCGUACGUCUGUACUUCGAUUUAUUAUAUCAAAAAAGAUAAAAUUAAUAUGAAAAAUGAAAUUUAUUUAGAAUCCGUAGUUAUAAAUAAGAUGAAAUAAUAACAAUAUUUUUUUGUAUUUUUAUUGAUUUCCGUGUUUUCCUGUUGAAUUCACUUUUUUGUUUAUUUCUCCCAUUAUGAAGUUAAAGCUUAUAUGCAGCCUUGUCUUUAGUGAUAUUAAAUCCACAGAUAUUAUUUUCUAUAGAUCGGCAUAUAAUACAUCUAUGAGAUCGGCAAUGCAAAAGAGACAGAGAUGUCAAAUGUCAGUGUCGUAUUAUGCUGACAUAUCAGCAGUUAAUUUUGCCUUGCAGCAGAGUAUACUUAAUUUUUUGUUGAUUUAAACGUAAAUACUUUGGUCAUAUAUAGUUAAGCUUACAAGAAUGAUAAUUAUUAAAUAUCAAAAAUAUAGUAUUAUGUCUAAAUACUGUGGAACAAGUGGUGGUAAAGGAAAUUUUGGAAUGUUUUCUGAACGAGACAAAAAAAUCUGCGCAGCUGGCGUACCAACUUCACAGCACUCGAAUUAUGUAGCGAGCUCUCUUGAACAUUAUUUGAUGCAAGAAGAAGUUGACGCUCUGUUGAGUGAUUCCAUAAUUCCUUCUGUAAAGCCACAAAAAUUGCUACCCUUACGUCGUCCACCCAUUAAAGAUAUGCGAAAUGCUGGACCUUUUACUGAAGCAGCGACACUUAUAAAUCCACCGAACAAAACCAAAUUUGAGACUUUGAUUGAUGAUUUCAAAGAGACUUGUUAUGCAUCAUAUUGGAAAAAAACUGUUGGGAAAGUAUCAGAUCCAGUUCCAAUCUUACCUCAUGGAUUUAAUGUAAUGACAACUUUAGGAAAAAAGUUACCACCAUGUGAGCAGUUAUAUGAUGUUGUUAUGCCAAAAGUGCCUUUACCCGACAAAACACCGUUAUCAAAAAGCCCUGGAUAUCAGACGAAUCGUAAAUAUUGUGCUCCAGGUUAUAAUCCUAACAUGACAUUCGGAACGAAAGUUAAUGUAGAUCCUAGAGGUAAAUUUGUUAAAUCCUGUUUACACUAUGAGAAUAUUAAACAAGGCAACUUUAUGAAAAUACCUGCAAGCACGGUUUUAUCUAACUUUCAGGAUCGUAAACGUUCUCAGUUAAGUAUUGCCAUGGAACCGAAUCAUAACAUAAGCUGUUUACGAAAAGGAUAUGCAUUUGGAGAUCUUCAACCGCCCAGUAACGUUGUGGAAUGCCUAACGACAUGCGACUUGAACCCCGACCGACAAUUUUACUUGAAAUGUCUUGCUCAUCUUAAUAUUGUUAGAAAAUUUCUGUCAAAAAGAUUUGAAAGCACAUUUUUCAGAAGAUUCUAUUUAAAUCUGAGAUAUUGUGACGAAAGCAAGACGGGAUGGCUUCCAAAAGAAAUCGUCUAUAAAUAUUGUAAUGAUAUAUUGAUAAGAAUUAAUCCUACCCUAUUGGAACCUUUACUUUCUAUGUGGAAUGCUUUUAAUGGCACGAACAUUGAAUAUAAUAUCUUUACCAAUAUUAUAAACUUCACGCUUGUAACUCCAGAAUUACCGAAAGUAUGGGAUGUUUCUGAAAGUUGUUUAGAUUUUCGGACUACAUACAAAGAGAUGGUUAAGCCAGAUCAAGAAGUUUAUAAUAGACGAAUGGCUGGAUUACCGUCGGGGAGAUAUUUUGAUAAAGAUAAUCCAGUGACACCCAAUGGAUAUUCUAGUGCAGACAGAAUAUGUUUACCUCAUGAGUCUGAUGCUAAAAUAUGCUUAAACCCAAGUGUGAUGACAUUACUAGGAGUAAGUCACCGAGAUAUGUAUGCCAAACGUGACAAGGACACAGUAAGAAAAGUAUUUGAAAGAGCCGGUGAAAAGUUUGAUGAUGAUCAGUUUAAUGUUAUAUGGGAUAAUUCGAGAAAAUACCAUUUACAUGGUUGGGUUUCUUUUGAAACAUUUCGUCGUAGCGUCAUAGAAGUAACGGCCAAAGUAACAAAAUAAUUGAUGUCAGCUACCUUACUAACUUACCUUUAAUUACUUUAAGUGAUAAUGGUGAAGCGUAAUUUGUU